UAAUGACAAACCGCAAACGAAUAACACAUACAACGAAAACUAACAAAAGAAACAAAUAUUUGAUUUAUUUAUAAGGUUUACUUUUACCGUUAACACAAUGAAUGACAGUGUGAAGGAGCAAAAUGGAAUUGAUAAUCCCGCGGUGACUAUUGAUGAUGGAUCACAUAUGAGACCAGAGUUGGUGAUCAAUGUCCAGCCACAAUCAGAAGGUCGCGCUGAACUACCGGUUACAACAGAAAACUGGCAAUCAAACCCUAGAGGCCAGUUCAUCCCAAGACACGGCCUGGACUUUCUUAUAGGCGUUUCAAGACUUAUCAUAAAGCAAACCAUCGAGCUUAAUGAUCUAAUGGCUCGGAUUGAAUCGGAGAAUCGGUACAUAAUCAAGGUGCCACACGGCGAGGCUUUGUACAUUGCGAGUGAGGUGUCCAACCGCACCGUGAGAUGUUUGUGCGGAUCGGGGCGAUCGUUCUCAAUGCACUUACAUGACAACACCAGGCAAGAAGCACUGCUACUGCAGAGAAGACUAGCGGGCGCCUCCUGCUGCUUCCCGUGCAGACUUCAGGAAAUGAAAGUGAUAACUCCUCCAGGCGACUACGUAGGCCGCAUCCAGCAGCAGUGGACGUGGAUGGUGCCCUUCUUCCUGGUGCGGGAGGCGGGAGAAGAGGUCAUCUUCGUCAUCGAAGGACCGUCGGCUGUCAAGCGAAGCGCCCUAUUGUUGUCGGAAUUCAAGGAAUAUACAUACUUCGAGAGAGCAAAGACGACCUGCAUGCGAUGUAACUGUUUUUAAUGCUGAAUUCCGCAAAAAUCUAUUACGAAGUUACUAAUGAAUAAAUAAGCUGUAAGAAAAACCAACCAAUGAUUUCUAAUGGACUCAUAGCAAUUUUAUACUGAAAAAUAAGUUUACAUUUUGUAAUAUAAUUUGAAGAAAUAAU